AUGAGAUUUCUGCAACUGUUAACUAUUUCAUGUCUCCUCCUCCUCCUCAUAGUGAAACCAAUCUCAGCAAAAUUCUACACCAAUGUUUCUUCUAUACCACCGUUACAUUUCCUUAACGCUACUCGAAGCGCGUGGGAAACUUUUGAGAAACUCACCGGUUGUCACGUCGGAGAAAAAAUCGACGGUCUCUCUAAACUCAAACAAUACUUCCAUCGUUUCGGUUACAUAACCACCACCACCGCCGGAGAUAACUUCACCGACGACUUCGAUGACGUGCUUCAAUCGGCAAUCAACACUUACCAGAAGAAUUUCAACCUCAAAGUCACCGGUAAUCUCGACGCUUCGACUCUCCGGCAGAUCGUUAAACCGAGAUGCGGGAAUCCGGAUAUGAUCGACGGUACUUCUGAGAUGAACGCCGGUAAGAAACUCCGUACGACGGAGCGUUACUCGUUUUUCCCAGGGAAGCCACGGUGGCCGAGUCGGAAACGAGAUCUGACUUACGCGUUCGUGCCGCAGAACAAUCUCACCGACGAAGUGAAACGCGUGUUCGCACGCGCCUUCACGCGCUGGUCGGAGGUUACUCCACUUAACUUCACGAGAUCGGAAUCUAUCCUCCGCGCCGAUAUAGUGAUCGGUUUUUUCGCCGGUGAACACGGAGACGGAGAGCCGUUCGAUGGUGCGAUGGGGACACUAGCGCACGCGUCGUCGCCACCGACGGGGAUGUUUCAUCUCGACGGCGAUGAGGAUUGGUUGAUCUCUGAAGGAGAAAUCAGCCGUGGGAUAUUGCCGGUAACGUCGGUGGUGGAUCUGGAAUCUGUGGCGGUUCAUGAGAUCGGACAUCUUCUUGGGUUAGGGCACUCGUCCGUGGAAAAUGCUAUCAUGUAUCCGGCGAUUGCCGGUGGAGAUCGGAAAGUGGAGUUAGCGAAGGAUGAUAUAGAAGGGAUACAGCAUUUAUACGGUGGAAAUCCAAACGGAGACGGUGGUUCGCAGGCGAGUCGUCGGAGUGAAACCAGUGGUGGAGCUGAGUCCGGCGUCGAUAGUAUCCGUCGGUGGGAUGGGUUGGCGAUUAGCCUAUCGUCGAUUGCCACGUGUUUAUUGUUGAGUUGUUUAAUAGAAUUAUUAUGA